UCUUUUUGUAGGAUGAUUGAAUGAAGAUGGGUGUUAAGUCUGAUGGUGUGAAGGCUUGGUUGAGAUCUCGUCAUAUAUCUGUGCUAGGUGAGUGGGUGGAAGCGUGCAUGGAAUGGAUUCAAGAAGAACACCAGGGUACAGUGUUGUCUGGCAGCCAGCUAUGUAAGAUGGUGUAUGAGCAGUGGUUAGAUUCGGAGCUGACUGAGAUUGCUACCCCAUGCCUUCCAGCAGGUAUCAAACAGGCAAAGAAGACACAACUCAAAGGCAACUAUGCUCUCCAGGUUAACUGUAUUCAAGACAUCUCAAGUCCAGCGUAUGCCCAACUCACCAAGCUCCAAGGCAGGGAGAAUGAGAAUGAUUCGGUAACAGCAGUACCUGCUACACAAGGAAAGUUUGAGCCACCUUCCAGCCGAAUGCUGAUGCUGUCACUAACCGAUGGUCAAGAGACUAUCCAGGCCAUGGAAUACAGGCCUGUGCCUGGCUUCACCGCUAACCUCAACCCAGGAGCAAAGAUCAUGUUGUCAGGUGAUAUGCAGUGUAGACUCGGUGUGAUUCUAUUGACGCCUACUCAUGUCAAGGUUCUAGGUGGUGAAGUAGAGGCUUUGAAGGAGGCUAACAGCCAAGAGAAGAUGCUGGCUAGAGCAAUUGGAGUGACUCCGCCUGAUAGACCAGCUGGUAGCAACAAUCAGGGUCAGGGUACAACUGCCACUGCCACUGCCACAACUACAACAGGACAAACCACCAACAACACCAACAACAACACCAUCACCACUGCUCCUGCUCAGAAUCAACCUGUCACCACCAAUCAAAGACAGCAGUCAAAUCAACACAAGACACUACCAAGGAGCACCUCUCACAAGGCUCCAGUAAAGCAGGAGCCACGAGUCAACACACCCACUGAACAAAGAUGGAAUCAAGGUCACACAAGGUCAGUCCCAGAUAAGAAGCCAGGUGUUCAUCAUGGAUUAAACCAAUGUCAUUCAAGGUCAAACCAAGACACCAAGUCCACUGGUCAGCAUGGAUGGCAUCAAGGCCCCUCACGGUCAGUACAAGAUACCAAACCAGUUGGUCAUCAAGGGUUCCAAGAUCCAUUCCUCGUUGAUGAUGAUGAUGGCUUGGAUGAACUCAUGCUGGAGGAGCUGGAAAACCUGGAGAAGAAAGAAGCACAGAAAGUAAAGCCUGAGCCAGAGCUGUCUCAUCAAGAUUGGGAUGUGGAAGACAUCGAUGAAGAGGAUCUCUUAGCCAUGGAGUGGGAGAGCAGCAAUAAACAGAUGCAGAAUGGACAAAGACAGAACAAUCCUAGAGAAAAACCAUAUCAGAGACACUCUACUGCUGUCAAAUCAAGUAGCAGUCUUCAAGAAAAUAGAGGAGGAAGCUCCAUCAAACCCUUCUCAAGUGUUAGUCACAGUUUACCUGGCAGCGACAGAACUAAGAUACCCCCAGUCAAGACCCAGCUGCCAAAAGCAUCAAACACAUCUCCUACAUUCGCUUCCAAUGUUGUACCACUCUUCAAGCGAGAGAUGAAACCACCAAGUGCUUCAAGAAUAUCUCAAGGUCCUCAGAGGACAGAACUUUGUGUAGUCCAGCCAAUUAACUCAACAAGAACACAGCCUAUGAAGCAGGGAGAUCAGCAUAGCUUUGGUAGGGCUGAUAGAGGUGUACAGCUGCCUGUGAACACAAAGAUAGCAGUCGCUACACUGAUCAUGAAAGCAGAACCCGUUUCUCAGCAGGGCCGUGGGGAUGUGGUCCAGGGAACCGUAGGCAAGACAGACGUGGGUUCGAUAUCUGAAGGUGCGGAGAGAAGAGAUUUUGUUUCGGCGCAAAGUCUUGUGAAGUCUGAAGAGGGUGAGAAUGCUCCUAAGAGAAUGAGAAUACAUUCUGGACCCAAGUGUACCCGUCCUUUUAUCUAUCUUACCAAGAUGGCUGACCAGCUGAAGAGGAAGGAAGCAUGUCGUUUUGAUAUCAAGGGUUUUAUCAUGACUCUUGUAUCCAGUCUGUCUCAUAACCCAUCCUGGAGUCUAGCUGCUAAGAUCAACGAUGGCACCAUGUCUCUUGAUGUAGAUAUCUCCGACAAGGUUCUGUCUAAGAUGAUUGGUUUCACUGUGGCUGAAAUGAUGGAGAUGAAGGCCAGUAUGAAAAAGAGUGAAAAGGAGAAAGCAAAUGAAAUUAAAGAGUCCAUUAAACAGGGUAUUGGUCGUUGCCAGCAAGCCUUGAUAGAUCUUUCCUGCAUCAUGACAAUUGAAGUGAAGCCAGAGUACCCUAGACCCUUAGUGAUCGCUGUAAGGCAACCUACCAUGGACGAUUGCAAUGCUCUCCGUCAGUGCCUUGAGGAAAGUCCUUGGUUUGCUUGUAGGAAGCAGUGAUAGAUCUUUCUUGCAUCAUGACAAUUGAGGUGCAGCCAGAGUACCCUAGACCCUUGGUGAUCGCUGUAAGACAACCUACCAUGGACGAUUGUAAUGCUCUCCGUCAGUGCCUUGAGGAAAGUCAGUGGUUUGCCUAUAUGAAGCCUUGAUAGAUCUUUCUUGCAUCAUGACAUUUGAGGUAAAGCCAGAAUACCCUAGACUCUUGGUGAUUGCUGUAAGACAACCUACCAUGGACGAUUGUCUAUCGGACUCUUCAUCGGUGCCUUGACGAAAGUCAUCGCUGUAAAGCAACUCACCAUGGAUGAUUGUAAAACCUUCUGGCAGUGGCUUCUUUGUCAAGCUAUGACUAUGUCUCUCCCGCAUCGUGACAUUAUCCAUGUGCAUCAUAAACUUUUGCUUUUAAACAUUUAAAUGUAUUUUAAUGUUUGCAUACACUCAUUGAGGUGUUUUUUAAGAUUGUAUUUCAACCAGGGCCAUGAUGAAUAACAGCUUUGCUGAUCAUGUUUACCCUGAAUAAAGAUGUAUAAAUAAUUAAAAUAAAUCAAUAAAUUAUGGAUGAAUAGCGUACCCUAAAUCCUUAAUGUUGUUGUUGUUGUUAGAUUAUGUUUUAAGGCAAUUCAUUAAAAACUGACUAUUUAUGCCUAUGCCUAUGAUGGCUGUGAGGCAACAUUUUAUGGACCACUACAACACUCUUCAUCAGUGCCUUAACGUAGCUGUGCAAAAAGCUAAUAUCAAUGAGAACACAAAUCAUUUGCUUUAAAGUUGUGUAAAUAUCAAUUAAACUCUUCAAUUAACAUUUUCCAAGACCCUUCUUAGAACUUCAAAUCCUGGCUUGAAAGCGAAAUAUACAAGUUCUGAAUCAUGACGUCCCACUUGGGACGGGGAGCCGGAGCGCUAGCUCGGAGCGCUAGCUCGGGGCGCUAGUGAGAAGCACACAAAAACAUACGCAUACACAAAUUUAGGUAAUGAAACUUUAAAAUUGCCUAUUUUGCCAUUUAUAUAAAGUAAGAAUGACUUAUGCAUUUAGAUUAUUCCAAAUAUCUUGUUAUUUUUUGUUGUUUGUUAAGAUGUCAACUUAUGAAUGGGGAUUAUGAUGAUGAUUUUCUAUGCAGUUCAAUCACUUCUGUUAUCAAUCCUGAGACUGAAAAUCAUUAUAAUACCGUGCAGUUCCAUUUCCGACAUAGAUCUAAUUGUAAUUGAUAUUUGGAGGUUUGAAUCCUGCAUUGAUUCAUCUAUGAUUUAAUCUGCUUGAAAAUAGAAAUUUGCGAAGAAUGAUCUUAAUUAAACUUUCCCAAAAAUCCAAGUUGUCUGCAACCCUCAAACCGCAUCUCUGUCAUUAAAAGGCAAACGGAGCCCUUCUCCCAACCGUGCCCAGGGCUCAGGUUCAUGCAGAUAUGCUAUGACUUGCCCCUUAGCUGCACUAUCAACACCAUCUUCUUCUUGUCGUAGUCUUCCUCUUUCUUCUAUCUCUCCUACCUCCCCAUCAUACACUAUCAGCAUCACUGUCACUUGCUGUGAAGCUGUUUUCAUCAAUUGGAGGUAGGGAGUGGAUGUGUUUGUGUUCUAAGCUUUCAGUAGGAUAAUGGAGGCUUAAUCACCUCAUCAAUUUGAUGACGCUGUGACGGACCAAUCAAACAGCUGCCUGAUUUUUAUAACUGAUUGGGUAUUGUUAUUUUUAUGCAAGGCUUGCAAUGCCGCAAACAUUUCAAUUUCCGACUCCACUUUUAAUAGUCACUUCGCCAAACAGACUCCACUCUGAUUCCAAACCGACCGAUUCUUGGACAUUCUGGAUAAUGUCAUUUUUUGUUUGGUCUUUUGUCAGUCUG